AUGAUCUCGAAAAGACUGAAUCGCAGGCGGUAUCGACCUUCAACGCGAACAGAUAUGUCACCGAACACAAAGAAUCCACCAUCUGAAGGAUUACAUCGAGUUAACACCGGAAAAGAACGUGAAGCCACGCGAUUUAAAAGACACCACAGUGCCGGCAAGACACCGGGAGGAAAUGGCGAGAUCGCUAUUCCCGGCGUGACGCACAAGAUUGGCACACAUAAAGUAAUAAGGACUCUGGAGGAAAUUCCUGGUUGA